AUGAGUUAGAAAUUAGAAAUUAUUGGAAGAAAAUUGGUGGUAGUGCUCGCAGCCAGUGUUUAUUCUAUCCAUUAUUGGAUUAAUUUUAAUCUAUGGAUAACUGAAGAGUUAAGCAUACUAUUGUAUGUACAUAUGAUUACUUUGAACAUCGUUUUCUUAAUGCUUUUCUGGUGUUUUAUAGUCAUGCUUAUAAUCGAUCCAGGAAGACCAAAAAUGUAAAUUGGCAAUGAAUAUAUUUAAUCCCCGUUCUCAAAGAAAGUAUACUGCGAUAAGUGUAAAUGCUAAAAGCCAGAGCGUUGUCAUCAUUGUUCAAUUUGUGAUCGCUGUGUGUUAUAAAUGGAUCAUCAUUGUCCAUGGAUAAAUACAUGUGUUGGCUAUUAGAGCAGAAAAUAAUUCAUAUUGCUCUUAUUUUAUGCAUUGUUAUUUAAUUUCAUUACAGUAGUAAGUACAACUAAAACAUAUUUGCUUUCAUUUAGAUUUUCAAUUUUUAAUAUGAUUUAUGCAUUGGCUUGCAUAGGUAACUACGUUUUGGUAUUUUUGCUUUUUAACUUUCUUAAAUAUCACAUUGAGUUAUUAUAAAAGAAUCAGACAACUCUAGAAGAUAUAAUUAGUAAAAAUAAUUAAACUAAUUUUAAUUUCUAUGAUAUUGAUCCUCAUACAAAUGUUACCUAGAUUUUUGGAUAAAAUAAAUCCUUAUGGUUAUUUCCAAUUUAUUCUGGUGUUGGAUGUAAUGAUGGACAUACAUUCCCUAAAAUUGAUUAUAAGGGUAUGUAAGCUUCUUCUCCGCAAGUUGUUUCAGUCUUUUAUGAAUAAUAGUAUGUAAGUAGCGAUAAAAAUAAAAAUGAGAAUUCAAAUAUUUAAACUAUAUAUAAAAGAGGAACUGAGAAAUAGAAAAUAAGCGAAAUUAAAAUGAAUUGA